AUGGAUUCAACUAAGAGAAGACGAACUGCAUAUCGCUCCCAGGUAUCAGAGGGUGGUUUUCCCGACAUUUCGUCUUCCCUUCACGAUGGUGAUGAUAUCCCCUCUACAUUUGUUCCACCGGCUAGCCCCUUGCGGACCCCAAGACAAAGACGAGCUCGAGCUAGCAGCGUAAUGAGAAGGGACGCUGUGUUUAUCGGGCAGUCCGCAGAAGAUGACAUUGAUCAGAUUAUAGCGGCCAUUGACAUGAAGGACGGGGGAACAGUUGGCUGCUCAUACUAUUCUGCCCAGGAGAAACGGUUAUAUUUGCUGGGAGAUAUACAGCAUUCUAACUCCGAGAUUAUCGAGACUCUGAUUCUCCAAAUAAAGCCGACUGUUCUCUUGACGUCGACACGCAUUGACCACGGCAGCAACAGACAACUUUCGGAACAUGAAAAUGGUGCUCGUCCCUACCUCCCCUACCAGCUCGAUGUGCGUCCAUCUCAGGAGUUCAACCCUUCAAAUGCGAAAAAUAAGUUAGUAGCAUUGGAGAUAUCGUCAAGACAUGAAGAAAGCUUCAAGUUUCUCGUACCCCACAAUGGCCUUGUCGAUACAGGUCAAAUGGACUUAGAAAAUAUGGACUUCACCUUGGAGGAAGGCAGACACUUACACAUGGCUAGUUUUCUCGAUCUGGACAACAAAGUAACACUUGGUUGUGCUGGAACUAUUCUCACCUACCUACAACGACGAAGGUCUUCUGAUUUGGUAUCAGGCACAGACUCGGGACUUUACCAAGUGACAUCUUUCGAAAUGUCUACCUUAAGUGGGACGAUGUGA